UCGGAGAGCACUUUGUAACGCAUGUUUCUGUGUUCCCUUUCUGCUCAGUGCUCGGAGAAGCCGAAACACGGUCACAUGUGUUCUCAUGUCCUGCGGGAGGACAGACCCACGCUCAUAAUAGCAGCUCUCCGCUACUGCACGUUCCGCGAGGUUGGAAUUUGUCAGUUCUGCUACUGGUUGCCCCUGGCUCCGUCGCAUCGCCCUUUCACAUCGCUUUCUUUCAGUGCCUGCCGAGUGCAUGUGUGUGCGAUGCGAGAAUAGGGAAGGGAAAUCGUCAGGAAAACGAGCGGACGAGUGAGUUGAGUUCAUUGACUCCUUGACCAGCGCGAUGGCGGCCAAUGCUGUACCCGAGGCGGCUGGAACUACGCCACUUACGAUCUACCUUCAGCCACGACCCAACUCGCAUCCAUUCAACGAGCGAGAAUGCCUCCUUGACGAGAAGCUGCUGAAAGUUGGUCGCUCAGUGGCUAAGGCCAGACCCAGCACCAGCAACCUGAUUUUUGAUUGCAAAGUUCUGUCUCGCAAUCAUGCCGUCAUGUGGGCUGCUGAUGGUCAGGUGUUUCUUAGGGACACCAAGAGCAGCAAUGGCACGUUUGUCAACAACUUGCGUCUGAGUGGCACGGGCGAGGAGAGCCAGGAGAAAGCGCUCAAGGACGGCGACGUCAUACAGUUUGGCGUCGACGUGAUGGAGAAUCAGAGACAGCGUGUGACGCAUGGCUGUAUCAUUGCGCUCUUCACCGACCCCAGUGCACGAGCUCCGACCCCACCGCCAGAGAUGGUGCCCGGCAUCAAGCUGAGCGAUGUCAUAGAGCUUCAACAGAUUCUAACGGAUGCUCGGCAUACGCAAGUUGCCGUGGAAAACAGACUUGGCAGUGUACAGUUUGACCUGGAACAGACAGCGUUGGCCUUGCAAACGGAAGGCAAGGCUUUCAUCAAGGAGGAGCACCUGCUAUCGCGCCUCGAUACCCUGGAGAAUCAGCUCAAGUUCUACACGCAGGAUCAAGGUACUACUGAAAUGCAGGCCACUCUGAAGCAGCUCGAAGAUGACAAGCAUCGGUGUGCCGUGAAAGCUAAGGAGUCUCUUCAGAGUAUGCUUCAGGAGAAGAUGGAAGUGAUCAAGAAGUAUUCCAACUUACAAUUGGAUUACGAUCAAUCCGAGCAGGAAUGCGAUCGCUGGAGAACGCUCUACGAAGAGGCACAGGAGGAGCGUAAGAAGUUGGCCGAGACGUGGGACGAGCGUAGUCAAGAGAUGUACCAGCUGCAGUUCGAGUUAAAGGUAUUGCGUCAGCAGCAUGCCAAUCUGGAAGAGGAGCACAUGCCGAUCAAACUGCAGCAUGAUGACGCCGUGAAAAAACUGGACCAAGCAAGCGUCGAGCUGGUCACGGCAUUGCAGGAGAGCAAAUUUGCAAAUGACAGGCUGUGCAGUUUGCAAGAGCAGAUGGAGUUAUUGCAUGAACGAAACGAGAGUCUUCAGGAACUGAACGAUGCUGCGUCAGAGCAGGUGCGGCUGCGCAAUAUCGAGAUUCAGGAACUGCAUGCGCAGGUGAAUGAGAUGGAAGAGCGUCACAAAGCACUGGAGAAAGACUUGGCUGAUCGGACAGAAGCCUUUUCCGGCCCGCAUGCCAGAUAUACGACCUUCGUUCGGGACGACACGCUCACUAACGCUCUGCCUCAGUCCAAGAAUGUUUCCGUUACAAGGACGACACAGGUGGAUCCCAUGGAAACCCUAACACAGACGUCGCUCAAUAGAGAAGUGCAUGCUGUAGAGGAGGGACGUAAUGCUACCAAUGCAGCCUCGCAGCACUCCGCCGUCGCCGGGCAGCGUGUACCCACAUCUGCAAAUUCAGAGACUCCAAGCCAGUCGAGCAAGGACGUCCAUCGCAGUGUACAGCCACUAGCGGCGGAGGAUAUGAAGGCCAGCCUGAGGAGCAUACUGGUGGCGGCCUUUCUCUCCCUGCUCAUCACCAUCUACUACUCGCUGCCCACCGGAACUGCGUGAAUGUUUUCAGAAUCGAAAGUGUUCCACAUGACUGACUACUGCGGCAGUCUUGCUUGGCACGCACGGCUUUGCCACGCUCCAUGCUUGGCGGUGGCAGAUCAGCCAUCGCAUAGCCUCCUAGACUUUGCCACGCGACUGGUGGCAAGCACAGUGCAGGGCAGCAUAGGCAUGGUGCAGCAAUCCCCGGAGGUGACCUUCCAGCAGCCCUGGACCGGCGUAGUGGGUGCAUGGGGAUGGUCCCUGCCACUGGCGACGUGCAGCGAGCCCAGGCAGCUAGCCAGGGCCUUGCCCAGCUCUCGCACGGCUGACUGUAAUGGCAUGCGGCAGGUGCGCAUAAGAAUAAGCACACAUAGAAGUGCUGAUACUGGACUUGAUCCGACUAAGGACUCAACUAACCGGGUUUGAUUUGAAUGCUUUGACUCUUCUUUCAUUUAAUUGUGCGAAAACUGGUGCUAUUUAUAGUAAAUUAUAUGUUUCAGACGACGACUUUCUCCUUUUUCUUUGUAUUACUCCCUGACGUUUCCCAACUGUGAUUGGGUAAGGCCCUGCUGAACCAUGAUAACAGGCCAUGAUUAUGAGAACAGACAAUGUGAACCAUUGCUCUACCAAACGGA